CAUUUAAUGUGGCAGAAAACUGUUGUAGCAAACUGUUGCUGCAACAGUUUUCUGCCACAUUAUGCAACAUGCAACUUAUGCAGUAUGUUUGUUCACUUAGAAGUACAUUUUAAUAACAAGCCUUUCUUGUGUUAUACUUGUCACGUUCAGUACUUUUUAUUUAGAGGCCCAUUGUUGAAGUACUAAUUAACUGCUGCUGCACUUUUGGACYUAAGCUUCAAUAAUUAGAAGCUCAGGGUUCUGCUUGAACUGCAUUAAAUAUAAAGUACUAAUGUAAUUUAAAUAUUUACUAGUUGUCACAUAUGUCUGCACAUAAAAAUUAAUAAACUUAUUAACUAAGCAGGAUUUUAGUCAUUUUAAGUAUUUAAAGCUGCAUCAUGUUAAAUCAACACAUAAAUUCCAUUGUAUUUGCUGAUGAUGACAUCAGACCUAUUUAACUUCCAAGAAGCUUUGAUGGACGUUCCAUGCAUACAUCACAAGGGUCUUGAAGUUUGUCAUUAAAGGAGGAAUUUUUGGCAGAAUUUUCUCAUUUGUGCUUGAGGAUAUCGAAGAAGAAACGCGUCCAAGAGUUCAAGAGAGUUUUACUUCAUUUCAACUGAAAUACAGUAGAAACACAAAGAUGGAACAAAUUCUGAGAAGAAGCGAUCGACUGAUGGCAAAUGGAUACUAUGGAGCCGAUGGAAAGCCAACGAUCUCAUAUAAAGAGACCAGGAUCARGAAGUGGACAUACCGUCGGUAUUACAACACAGAAAGAACAGAGACCUCAUCAGCAAACAACACCAGCAUCUGGCGUGUACAUCACCUGUUGAUGUACACGCUGAUACGUUGUUUUAUAAGCGUCAUAUUCCUCGCCUUGUUUUACGGAUUUACCACCAUUAUUGCUCCUUUGACGAUGAGACCUCCGGUUUCUUCGCCUUCCAUCAUAAACACAGAUUCGGUCCCAAGAUAUGAAAAGCCAGGACACAUCUUGGGUCACAACCGUCUUCCAUCUGCAGAUCUGAUGGAAAACUUUGCUUUGAAGUCACAAGGAGCAAAGGUUUUAUCCUGGAUGCCAUCAGGCACACAUCCUGGCCAAAUCCAAACAUGCACUAGGUUUGGGUUUACAAUAAAACGGCCAUCCAUCCACCCGGACAUUGUCAUUGAGGGGAGGACUCUCCAAAAUCCAGGAGAGUGCUGGGCCUUUGAAGGUUCCCAGGGACAUAUAGUCAUCGCCCUGCCCCACAGAGUUGUUGUCAGUCACGUCACCUUGGGUCACAUACCAAAAAUGUUGUCCCCGACUGGUAACACCGACAGUGCUCCCAAGGAGUUUUCUGUCUAUGGAAUCAGGGAGCCUGAACAGGAGUGGACUCACCUGGGAACUUAUCUCUAUGAGGAGGAUGGAGAGCCGCUUCAGACCUUUGAGCUACCAAGCCAAGAAAAAGUGGCCUUCAGCUCUAUAAAGCUUCAGAUUAACAGUAACUGGGGCAAUGCAGAGUAUACCUGCAUUUACAUCUUCAGAGUCCAUGGAGACAUCGAAUAAGGAAGAGGUGGAGAAAAAGGAUGAGUAAGAGGUCUGGUUUUCUACCCACAAACACAAAGGUGUUUGUGGAUAGAAAACCGAGAACAUAAACACACAAAAACAAACUCCUUUGUGGGUAGAAAACAAUCAUUUGUUAAAAAUUAGGGUACACAACAGGGGUUUAAAAUUUCAUAGGUGUAAACAUCCAUUUCAUUCAGACAAAUUUU